UAGUGUGUGCAUCGCCACAGAUCCUCGAGAGAAUUCAGUUUCUCUUUGAGAAGAGUAUCAGCAACAAACUCCGCCACGCCACUCCACGCCGCGCUCCCCCCCCAAAAAGCAUCCACGAUGGAGUCCAAAUCGGCGUACGAUGAUGUGUCCGCCGCCCCAGACCGCGUCUCGGCCGAGAUCGGCGAUCACCACUCGGCCAAGCUCGCCAGCAACUUUGUUCAGAAUGCCAAAGCGGCUACAGAGAAGGAGCACAAGAUGACUCUGCUCCAGGGCAUCAAGCUCUACCCCAAGGCCAUUGCCUGGAGCGUGCUUAUCUCCACCUGCAUCGCCAUGGAGGGUUACGAUAUCAGUCUCGUCAGCAACUUUUACGCCUUUCCGCAAUUCAACCAAAAGUACGGCGUCCUCACCUCGGACGGAUCCUACCAGGUCCCUGCGCCGUGGCAAGCCGGCCUCAGCAACGGUGCCACCGUCGGCGAGAUCAUCGGCCUCUUCAUCAACGGAUGGGUCUCGGAACGUUUCGGCUACAGGUGGACCGUCAUCAUCUGUCUUUUGCUUGUCGCCUGCUUCACCACAAUCUUCUUCACCGCGCAAAACGUCCAGACUCUGCUCGUCGCCGAGAUCCUCUGCGGUAUCCCAUGGGGUGUCUUCCAGACGCUGUGCAUCACCUACGCAUCCGAGGUCUGCCCCGUCGCCCUGCGCGGCUACCUGACCACCUAUGUCAACUUUUGCUGGGGUAUGGGCCAGGAAAUUGGUAUCGGCGUCAUCGUCUCCAUGCUCGACCGCAACGACGAGUGGGCGUACCGCAUUCCCUACGCCCUGCAGUGGAUGUGGCCGGUGCCUUUGGCAAUUGGCAUCUACUUUGCGCCCGAGUCGCCCUGGUGGCUGGUGCGCAAGGGCAAGAUUGAUGAGGCUAAGAAGUCGCUGCUGCGCCUGACGAGCUUGGACAAGGAGACGGAUUUCGACGCCGACGAGACGGUCGCCAUGAUGGUGCACACCAACUCGAUUGAGGAGAAGAUCACCGAGGGCGCAUCCUACCUGGACUGCUUCAAGGGCGUAGACCUACGCCGCACCGAGAUUGUGUGCAUGGUCUGGGCCAUUCAGAACCUCAGCGGUAACUCGUUCUCCAACUACUCUACAUACUUCCUCAAGCAAGCCGGUCUCUCCACCAGAAACUCGUACAACUUCGCCCUCGGCCAGUACGCCAUCAACAUGGUCGGUGUCUUUGGCGCGUGGUUCCUCAUGUCGUGGGGUAUCGGCCGUCGCACGCUGUACCUCUACGGUCUCUGCGGUCUCUGCAGCAUGCUCAUGAUCCUCGGCUUCCUGGGCCUCGUACCGUCGGAACACCGCGACCAGGGCGCGCUCGCGACGGGCAGCAUCAUGAUGGUCUGGGCUCUAUUCUACCAGCUCACCGUCGGCACGGUGUGCUACUCGCUCGUCAGUGAAUUGCCGUCGCGUCGCCUGCAGAUCAAGACUGUCGUGCUUGGUCGUAACCUCUACAACAUUGUCGGAAUCAUCAACAACGUCCUCACGCCGUACAUGCUCAACCCCAGCGCGUGGAACUGGCAAAACUACACGGGCUUCUUCUGGGGCGGCAUCUGCUUCCUCUGCUGCGUGUACACCUACUUCCGCGUCCCCGAGCCCCGCGGCCGCACCUACGCCGAGCUGGACAAGCUGUUUGAGCACAAGAUUAGCGCGCGCAAGUUCGAGGGCACCACGGUCGACGUGUUUGAGGAGGGCGCCGUCGACGAGAAGGCGAUGAAUAACUAUCACCAGCAGAUUCGCGUCUCGCACUCUGAGAAGGAUGUGCAGGUGUAGAGUGCUGUUGGUGUGGGGUAUUGCUCUUGUCUCUUGCAAGCGCUGUGUGCUGCACAGCUUGUCGAGCGAGAAGAGAUUGGGCUAUGAAAUAAAUGAUGGACGA